AUGCUGCUGCAGCUCAGCAAGGAACAUCUCAUUCACGGCGGGCUGAACGAGAAUGACGUCUUUUUUCGUGAGUCGACUUACGAGCACACUAGGCUCGUGUGACGUACGAUGACUCAUACUACAUCGCAACAUUGCUUGGUCGGGCUGCAGAGUACACCACGCCCGGUUGGAUGAUGUGGAACUUCCUGGUUGGAGCCAUGGUAGCUGGGUGUCCGCUCGUGCUGUACGAGUAAGUGUCGCGCUUCGCAAGAGUGCGUCUCGAGUGUAUCGCGGAAUUGCUCAUGUUUGACCUCUGGUGUGGGCACAGGGGCUCGCCACUCAAGCCAGCCUCGGUGUUGUGGGACUUGGCCGCGAAGUACGGUAUCACCGUCUUUGGUACCUCGGCCGCUUAUCUGGGUGCCCUGCAGAGAUCCGGAUACAUCCCCAAAGCGGCGCUUGGUGACAAGCUCAAAGUCAGACAGGUGCUUAGUACAGGAAGUCCAUUGAGGGCCGAGCUUUAUCCUUGGAUCAUUGAGAAUGUGGGGCCUGUGCUCAUUGGAAGCAUCACUGGUGGAACUGGUGAGAGCGUGGUAGAGCCAACAUGUGGUUUGGCAGAACUGAUCCGCACCUCGUCUUGCGAUGGCCAGACAUAUGUUCCCUAGUGAGGAUGAGGAGCAGGCGUACUGUCGCGUGAACAAGCACCUUCGCUGACGCACCCCUCACUCUUCGCGCCGCAGUUUGCGGGCCACAACGAGGCGCUACCUGUCCGGGCAGGAGAGCUGCAAGCACGGAAUCUCGGCAUGAAUGUGGAUGUGGUGGAUCAGGAUGGCAAGUCUGUACCUCGUGGCGGCGAAGGAGACCUGGUCUGCAAGAGCCCAUUUCCGGUUCAGCCUCUUGGCUUCUGGGGCCAAGAUGAGAAGAGGUAUUUUGAAAGGUGAAUCGUUGAUGCUCUGAUCUACGAGGAAACGCUCCACUGAUCAUGGGAUCGACGCAUGCAUGCGGCUUUUCAGCUAUUAUGCCACGAUUCCCGGCGUUUGGUAUCAUGGAGAUCAUGUCAGUCUCACCCUCAAUGGAGGUUUGGUCAUGCUCGGCCGAAGCGACGCCGUGCUCAACCCUGUGAGUCUCAUCUUGGCGGGCGCACCAUGGCGUCGCGCAGCUACAACUCCAUUUCUUCUGAUUGAGUAUCACCUCUACAGGGCGGAAUUCGCUUUGGCUCAUCGGAGAUUUACGAAGUGCUGGAGGCCAACAAGCACGUCCAUCCACUAGAUACAAUCGAGUCGAGCGUAGCCGCCGCUCUCAAGCUUCCAACGGGCGACGACGAAGUCGUGGUGCUCCUUCUAGUCCUGCAAUCCGACUGCCAGGCUGCAAAAGAAGGGAAAGCUUUCGAGGAGCUGGUCAAGAGUGUCAAGGACGUCGUGAGGAGUCAGAGGAGUGCUAGACAUGUGCCUCGAUUUGUCAGGCGUGUACAGAAUGUGCCGUUGACUCUGAAUGGGAAGGUGAGCUGCAUACGUGCAAGGAGAAGAGGAAGCGGAUGCGCCGCUGACCAGACCGCGACCCUUUCUAUGACUUUGCGCUCAGCUCUCGGAAGUGCCAGUCAAGAAAUGUGAGUCGAAGUAGCGAGCAUCGAAGGUACGGACUUUCAAGCGGUCUUAUUUCGGUCAUCGUUGCCCCCUAGUACUCAAUGGCGCGUCGCUGUCCAGUGUCAAUUCUUCAACGCUCCAAAAUCCGGUACGUUGCAGUGACACGCCACAGAGGCGCUGUGCAUCCCAUUUAGACGGAUUUGCGCUGCUUGUGUUUCCUGUUAUUGAUCGGACAGAAUCCCGCCUCUUUCUGACAGGCUGUCCUAGAAGAAUAUGUAGAGAUUGGACAAGAAUUAAGGCGAGAGCUGCAAGGCUCGUCUGCAUAG